GGGUGUAUGCCCAUCUCCCAAAGUCCUACCCUCUGGUAGGCUUCAGAUCCCGUGAAAAGCAUGGGGGAAGGCUAGUUCCAGGAUAGGCUCCAAAGCUACAGAGAAACCCUGUCUCGGAAAAAAAAAAAUUCGAUGGAGCACUUAACUUUUCCCAAUUCUUUCCCAGCCACAUUUCAGAGUAGAUUUACCCGUGGAUAGCCCAGUCUUUACGUCAGGCCAUGCAGACUCAGUCCUUGUCUUUUUCUUAUUCCGAACCUGCAAGUUCCCUUUCAUCCUAUUCUUCAGAGAAGGCCUGGCCCUGGGGAUGCUCUCAGACGUGAACUUUUCUCAGACAGAUGUCUGUGGGGCUGAGCCACAGAGUACAUGCUCAAUAGGAACCUGUCCCAGCCCUCUGGGAAGUCCCCUCGACACCCCAAAGUCUCAGAAUCUUUGCUAUUGUAAGAAUUCCAGGUCCCCUGGCCUCAUGAGAACAUCAAGGGAUGUAAGUUCCAGAAUGCAGGGCCCUCAGCUCAGGUGGGAGAGGGCCUAGACCUGGGAGCUCAGGCUAGACACGGGCCCGGGUCUGUGCUCCACCCACUGUGGCUGUGGGCUCGGCAAACAUCUCAACAUGGGCCUGGAGCUGUAUAUGGACUUGCUGUCAGCACCUUGCCGCGCCGUCUACAUCUUUGCCAAGAAGAAUGGCAUCCCCUUUGACUUCCAGUUUGUGGAUCUCCUAAAAGGUCACCACCAUAGCAAGGAAUAUGUCGAAAUCAACCCCCUGAGGAAGGUCCCCAGCCUCAGAGACGGAAAGUUCAUCUUAUGUGAAAGUGUGGCCAUCCUCUACUACCUAUGCCGCAAGUACAGUGCACCUUCCCACUGGUACCCGCCAGACCUACACAUGCGCGCCCGUGUGGACGAGUUCAUGGCCUGGCAGCAUACAGCCAUUCAGCUGCCCAUGAACAAGAUACUGUGGAUCAAGCUGCUAAUCCCAACGAUCACGGGUGAGGAGGUUCCUGCUGAGAAGAUGGAGCAGGCAAUGGAUGAGGUGAAGAGAAACCUACAGCAAUUUGAGGAGAAGUUUCUGCAGGACAAGAUGUUUAUCACUGGAGACCACAUCUCCCUGGCUGACUUGGUGGCCCUGGUGGAGAUGAUGCAGCCGAUGGGGAGUGACCACAAUGUCUUCAACAGCGCCAAACUUGCUGAAUGGCGGAUGCGGGUGGAGUUAGCCAUUGGUUCUGCCCUCUUCUGGGAGGCUCACGACCGACUGGUGAAGUUACCCAGCUGGGACUUCUCGACGCUGGACCCCACGAUCAAGAUCAGGAUGAGUGAAUUUCUGAAGAAGUAUAAGUGACCACAGAGGCUGUUCGUUCUGCAGGGUCUGGCUGUCUCUGCCAUCUGAGCCUCUUCCCUUAGGGAAGACACUAAGAAACACCCUGUUCCUUUACCUAAUAAUAAAAACAAAACAAAACCUGGAACAGUCA